AAAGACACACCCAUUCACACAGACACACCCAGUCACACAGACACACCCAUUCACGCACACCAAAUUACAAAACAUUCCGUCUCUUAUGGAGCCCAUUCCAUUCACCCACUCAUUCACCCCUCAGUCCAUCUUUUUUUCUCACAUGCGGCAUCCCGUUUAACAGAUGCUGCUAAACACACACGCCAACUUACACACCCAAAACCCACCCGCACACACCCCGGUACAUAUAAACGCACCCACCCACAGACCCACAGCCAGGAAGAUGAGCAGUAGCCCGAUCUCAAGGCGUUAAACACAACGGCGUAGACUGAGGAAGGUCACCACUUCGCCAGAUAACAAGCGCGCAAGUCCGCACCUGGUACAGCUGUAUCCUAUCGGCUACAAAGUGGAAAGACAUUAAACAAUGUUUUCGCUCGGUUUGCUCAAAAAGACAGUUGCCGCACUCACAUUCCUGGUCAUGUUACUUUAUGUUCUGGACAUCCUUCGUCAAGUACAUAACAACUCGAAGCUCGUCAUAACGUCAAUGAACAAUGUCCUCCAACAGUUGAGUACAGGAAUAGAUGCUGGCCCUGACCCAGUUUUCCACAAGGUGGGGCAGACCCAGGCGCUUGCCUUCUCCGCGUAUCUGGACGUCCGUGACGAGGGACGUCCAUUCGUCCGUGUUUUUGUCCUGGCCCCGAGGGAUAUAAACUACAACCACUUCACCUGCCAACUUUUCUACCGGGACCCACCCACUGUGAUGAACGUUUCUGCCAAGGAAGAUCUCAUCAGCAGCCACUAUGGCUUCAGGUACGGCGUCUACAAUUUCCUUUGCAACGUCCCUGAUCGCACGCCUUACCCAAGUCACGUGAGCCUCGUGGACAGGGCCUCGGGCUCGGCGGAACCUUUUCUCCCAUCGAUCCCCGUGGUGGUGCCCGGCGAUUCGGUGACGAGGCACGACUUUGCCGUGUGCCUUCCGACCCUAUUCGGGGCGUUCAACAACUCCCUCAUCCUCGUGCAGAACCUGGAGAUGUACCGCAUCCUAGGAGCAGGCAUCGUGACUGUCUACAACACCAGCGUGAGCCCGACCGUGAACCGAAUACUCACGCAUUACAGACGUGUCGGUUUUCUCGAGGUCGUGCAGUGGCCCAUUGAGAAUUACCUCAAUCCAUCCAAAGGCUGGAGGCCCGACAUUCACCCAGGCGAGCUUCACUACUACGGGCAGAUAGCCACGAUGAACGACUGCUUAUAUAGGAACAUGUACAGGGCCAAAUACAUCUCCUUCUCCGACGCUGAUGAAGUCAUCUUGCCGAGGCAGUGGUCAAACUGGGCGGAUAUGAUGAGAGCGAUAGAUGUCCAUCAGUCCACCUCAGCUUUCUACUUCACCCUCCACACGUUUCCGAUAACGAACGAGGCCACGUGGACAUCGCCCAUGGGUGGGCAGGCCACCGGGACAGACAUCCUGAAUCAAACCACAAAGCAGAUUCCACCCGCUGACACAAUGGACGCCACCACAAAGAUACUGGGGUGUCCCAAAGGGCUGGUCUACGUCUCGGUCAACACCGUCCUCAUUAGUCGCCCGGGCUACGGAGUCCACACCGUCCCAGAUGCGAAGGGCACUCUGCAGCAUUACAAGAGGUGGAAGAAGGAGUGGCAGCUGCCGGACAGUUCUGUUCUGAUCCGUGACUUUCACGUGCAGAAUAUCUUUGGCAGCUUGCUCAGGGAUAGGGUUCUCAAGAGCCUGGAUGAAUUGCGUGAAUCCUCAGCCGGUGAAUGAUUAUGAAUUUACUUUUGAUGACCGGUUCUGAAGAUCAGCGAUUAAGUUAAGCCUCAACACGAUGAAAAGGCUGUGUUACCCUUUCUGGCAAAAAUACAGGAUGUGUUAAGAUAUUUAUAUACCAAAUAUACACGUAUUUGAAGGCAUAAAGUUGGCAUAAAUCACACAUCAUCCCUGUGGUAAAGCAUGCAGACAAACACUGCUUUAAAAAUAAUGUACACAUUCUCCUUGAAACUUAUUUUCUUAUACCAGAGACACUGUUCAUCGCGUAACAACUUCAUUAACGGGGUGUUUUGGUUGGGGAAGGGUCUAUGACACAUUUUACUUAAUUCUGCAAUCUGACCCAACAUAAAAUCCAUUGUGAAUCAAACUUAUUUCGUUUGAUGGGUAAUUAAUACCAGUUUUGAAGUGGCGAGAUGUUAACUCCCUCGCGUGGUAUACAGGAGUUCGUGGGUUUGAUCCAGACCCUGACUCCUGUAUAUUU